UCAUCUCGCUUAGCAUUUAGAAUCAUUGUUUCUGGAGGGGUUACGACUGCUUUGAUAAUCCCGGGAAGUGCUGAAUUGAUGGGUGGGGAAGGAUUCGUUAUCAAGCUACGUCCCGUCAGUACUUUGUCUGUACAGGACAUGGGCAUCAGCGCCAAUGUAGAUCCAGACUCUGAGCGAGUAUGGAGAUGGAUGAAAAUGGCAUGUGGAGAGAAUCCAAAGAACUUUUUUGGUAAUAGAGGAAAAGGCAUGCCUAAGUCGCGUCUUG